AUGGAUAGUUUCACUCUCAACUCAGUUUCUGUUUUAGAUUCUACUAUCAAUUCUGAUGAAAGUUUCUUCUCUGUAGUUCUACUGAAGCAGUUUCAGGUUAAUGAUGUUCAUAUUUUGAGAUGAAUGCCAAACACUUUGGAUGGUCAAGAUACAUCUUUUAUCACUCUUAGUUCUCUAGACAUAAAUAACUCAUAUAACUCUUCUUUAAAUGGCCUUAUUUAUGAGAACUCCUCUCUCAAUGUGGUCAACUUAUUAAAAUUAGCCAACUCUUACUCCUCUCUGAAGACUCUGAAGUUUACCAACUUGACAUACAAAAACACUGAAAUAUCAACAGAGAAAUCUUUAAUCAAAUUGAAUCAGUUACAUUCCAGCUCUCAAGUAGAAUUCUUCUUCGAGGAUCUGACUUUCUCAAAUAUCAAAUUCACAACAAUAGGGUACUUGCUAAAACUAGAUCAUCACCUACCAGCGAAUCUGACGUUGAAGAACUGAGUGUUCUCAAAAAUCUCCAAUGGGAUCAUCUUGAUUACUAACCCAAGGAAGAACGAUAAAGAUAUAUUCACUCAUGUAGAUAUGUACAAUGUCACAGUUGAUAAUGUUCAACAAUCUAAAAGCUCAUUUAUUCUUGUUAGAGAAGAAGCCAAAUUAUCUAUCUCUAAUUCGAACUUUACAAAUGUUUCAGCUUUGGCAUCUGGAUCUGUCAUCAAUGGAGGCUCUUCUAAGACUGAGACUGUUAUUGAAAAUUCAUUGUUUCAGAAUAAUACUGCUCAGAAAGGCGGAGUAUUCUAUGUCUCUGAUCAAAGUUCUAUUUUAUGAAGGAACUGCAUUCUCACCAAUAAUUACGCAAUCACGAGUGGAGUUAUUGAAGUAACUUUAGGUGGUUAUUUUGAGUUCUAUAGCUCACACAUUUAUACAAACUAUGCAAAUAGUGAACCGAUAACAUUGAUUCUUGAUAGCGCCGAACAGUCCAUUGUAAACAAUUGCUCUAUUUAUGGUAAUGAAGCGUUAUCAAAGACUCAAAUAUCUGAAGAAUUCUUGACUUGUUCCAAGCUAUGCUUUGUAAACGAAGAAUACAAAACUUAUUCGAACGCAAACUUUGGAUCGACUAUCAUCGAUAUUGCAGAAACCCAAUUAUUCCAAGUCAUUUCUGGGUCUCUGUUGGUUUUGAACAAAACAAAGAUUUAUGAUCAAUCAGUGAUCAUGAACUCAUUUGUAUCUACAAUUUCAUUUGAGGAUUCUCUGAUUGAAAAUAUUACUUUUGGAAGAACCAGUAUUCAGUCUGUAUCAACUUCUCUGACCCUGAAUAGAAUGACUAUCAGAAAUUUAAACAAUACUGCUGAGACUGACUUCAUUCUGGUGAUGCUAGAUAGUCGCUUCAUGGUUUCAGAUCUAAAUUAUUCAUCUUCCAAUUCAAGACUGUUCAAAAUGAGAGCAUCAUCUAUCGAUAUCUCUGAUAUUAACUUUGACACAAUAAUUAGAGCAAAAAGUUUGGUAGCAGUUACUGGCUGCUAUAAUUCUUCAAUAAAUGCACUAUCUUCAUCAAACUCCCGAGUGACUGACCAGUAUUUACUAACUAUUGACUCUUCUGAAAACGUGACUUUGACAAAGAUCAACAUUAAGAAUUCUCAAACAGCUGUAAUGCAUAUCAGUUCAUCAAAUAUGAUAAAGCUUGAGGGUAUUAACAAUAUUCAGAAUUGCUCUCAAGCUAUUAGUAUUUCUUCAAGUACUAUAGAUCAUAUUAAAGAUUCUACAUUCGAUGGAAAUGGAGCUCCAGAACUUCAUUCAGGAGCAGCAAUCAGAAUAAUUGAUUCUGCACUGAGCAUCCAGAAUUCAUCUUUCCUCAGAAAUACAGCAGAUUCGGGAGCAGCUGUAUCUUUCACAUGUACAUCAAUUAACCUUUGUAGCCUUAGAAUUGAUGAUUGUCAAUUUCGAGAGAAUAAUGCAAUUGAGAAAGGAGGAGCAAUCUACUAUGAUUAUGUCAGGCCAACUUUUGGAAGUUCGAUUAUAUUUGACAACAACUCAGCUCAGUAUGGUAAAAACAUUGCCAGCUAUGCAGUCAAAAUUACAUUCGCUAAUGAUUCAGCUGCUUUAUUAGACCUUCAUGAAGUUGGGUCAGGUAUUCCUUACCCAGAAACUCUCAAAUUCGCAAUUAGAGAUUAUGAUAAUCAAGUGAUGGUUUUAGACAGCCAAGAUUAUAUUCUAAUGUCUCCAACCAAUCCUAAUACUACAGAAAUCAAAGGUUUUAAUUCAGCUCCUCUCAGAAAUGGAAUUGCUAGUUUCGAUAACCUCGCUGUGAUAGCAAAGCAAGGGUCUCAAGGUAUUCAAAUCUCAGCAACAUCAAAUACCAUAAAUCAGAAUAAGAUCCAGAAAAUCUUUGGGACUGUGAUAAGUACCGACCAGAUCACCACUAAUGUCCGAUAUUGACAACCAGGAGAGUCCAUCAAAGGAUCCAUUUGAGAAGAAUGCUCAGCUGGCACAUAUUCUCUUAAAUGGAACAGCAAAAUUUGUCAGCAAUGAAUGGAUGACGCUACAUGAGAAGGCGGGAUCAAGAUUAGUGUCAAUCCAGGUUUUUGGAGGAAGAACCUAAAUUCAACUAAUAUUUUAAAAUGAAUCAACGAAGAUGCAUGUGAAGGAGGAUUUUCCAAUGAUGAUGCAAACCCAACCAAAUGUGCUACAGGGUACACAGGAGAACUUUGUUCUAAAUGAGCAAUUACACAAGACUUUAAAUAUCAACAAGUUUCAGAGUCUCUGUGCCAGAAGUGACCAAACCCUGUUAUUAAUUUAAUUAGAGUAUUUUUGAUUGGUCUGACAGUUUUUCUAUUUUUUAUGGUUAUUAUUAGUGUUAAUGUGAGGAAGACUUCGGAAAGCUCAGUAUCAAUAUUACUAAGAAUUUUCACAAACUAUGCUCAUAUCUUAACAACUGCGAUAUCGUUCAGUGCUAAUCAGCCAGACCUAAUCACUGGCGCAUUGCUUCCAAUUCGUAACAUAGGCGAUUCUUCUACAGCAUUUGUGUCUUUCGAUUGAUUUAUCAAGGACUCUGAGAUCAAAGGCCCAUUUCCAUCGACUAUACUGUUCAAAUUAUUCCUUCUGAUCUUCUUGCCGUUGCUGGUCUUUGCACUUGUAGCUAUUGUCUGGUUAAUUGUGUACUGCAUUAGAAGGUCAUGGAUCCCAAAUAUUCUCAGUUGUUUAAUCAUAUCCUUCAUCAGUGUUGUCUUCCUCAUGCAUCCUAAACUGGCUCAGUCAGGGAUUGACAUUUUCAGGUGCAUACAAGUUGAUGAAGGAUUAUUCAAAGUGAGGAUUGACAGUGAUAUUGAGUGUUAUUCAACAAGUCAUAUUAAAUGGUGUCUUAUUCUUGGAGUCCCGAUCUUAGUGUUCUGGGUCACACUUCUUCCAAUAAUAGCUUUAUUCUUAAUGUACAGAAAUGCAACAGAGGAGAAGGAAAACAGCAAAGUUCACAAAUACUUUUUGAUAUUUUAUCAGGGGCUGAAACCUAAACACUUUUACUGGGAGUUUGUGAACAGUGCAAGAAAGAUCAUGAUCCUGAUUGCUUUCCUUAUGCCAGAAACGCUCUCAAUCCUAUUUUCUCUGACUGUGCUAAUUGGGACUUGGAGACUGCAAGAGUAUCUGCAACCAUACAAGGAUCACGAGAACAAUCAACUAGAGAUCUUAGGAGUUAACUGAGCUAUAAUAACUUUAUGCUGAGGCAUGGCUUACAAUUCUGAAGGGAAUAAUGCAGGUCUCGACCGACUACUGAUGGUUGUGAUGAUGGUUAUUAACCUUAUCUUUAUUUGAAGAUGGGCUUUCAGAAUGAUCUCCAUCUUUUCUACUAAAUACUCUUUCUGCAAGAAAAUUUCAGCGUUGUUCUCUAAACUAUCCUCUUCAUCUGAUGGAAAAGAACAAAAUACAAAAUCAGAAAAUAAGUUAAAAGUACACAAAAAGCUUAUUAAAAGCUCUCAAAAGAAGAGAAGAAUAAAGGGCUUAAGAAAUAAGAUGAAGACUAGAAAAGGCAAUAAGAAAAAUGCUAAAAUCAAGAAAUUUAAAGUUGACGCCAAGAGAAUGGAACUACAAAAUUCUUCACAAAGAAGUAAGAUGAGGAUGAUGUUCUCUGAAAGACUGGCUAACGGCCUAUCAGAAAAUAGACUAAUGGGAAAUAGUGAGAACAUCCGCAGAAAAAUUAUAGAAGAAGAAAAGGCUAAAUCUAUCUACUCUGAAGUUGACCACAUCAUUCACUCAAGAACAAACCAGAUAUCUAUUAUCAAAGAAGCUGAGAAGAAAGAAGGUGACCAAUGAGAUAUUUUCAUUCCCAGCAAUAUUGGCAAUGACAAAGAUAAUUUCCAAGAGUUCUCUGAAAGAUUUGAAUCAUCGAUUCCUAGAAAAUAUGGAAAAUUUGAAAAAUAAGC